AUGGAGUGUAGCCAAUCUUCCAUUUCGGAAGAGUGUCAAAUGAGAUCUGUCGCAGAAUCUCUGAAGCCUGCAGGAUCUAGGUUUGACAACGAGAUAUCCUAUGAAAUAAAUGGGUGUAUUUUGACGUGGAUAGCAAACGACGAAGCCGGCGAAUACAGAUUUGACUGCUCAAACAUCAUUGAAAUAAUUGACGGCUACUACAAAGCUGAGUUUUAUCUGGACACAAAGAGAAUAUUUGAGGCGCCGAACAUUAUCGACAGUUACGACAACAACAUACAGGUCGAGUUUACAAAUUACACCGAAGAGGAUCAUACCAAGAACUAUCCACCUAAAGUCGAAAAGACUAAUACACGUAACAUAUACACAAUCUCAAGCGCAAGCACAGAGGCCGAAUCGUUGCAUGAAAAUUUAAACAACUCCAGAAAAAAUGGAGCACAAUGGACUCAGGCUACCGACACGAAACAGUCUGAAACUAGACUGACAACUACAAGGGGAACAAGAUCGUCCAGCACAAGUAACACAUCAACCAAAUACACUAAUUCGAGCAACGUAAAACAGGCUACGAAGGUGGAAAGGCCGAAGGAAAAGGCCGCAAGCAUCCAAAAGAAACCAAUGGAAACACGAAAGCAGUCUGGAUCCAAUUUUACCUUGAGGAGUUCCCGAGCGAGCAAACUCCCAGCCACACAAACAAACAUAUAUAGCAGAGAGAACGCGAGAGUAUUUGCAGCCACGAACGCAAGAGUCGCCACACCAGCCAUUGAGACAGUGUUUCCAGUUCCGGAUAUAAAAAGGCGCAAAUAUACUAAACAGGAACAGCCGAAGAGGAAACCAGAUAUUGAGGUACGUCGAGGGGAGCGAGUGAGGAAAGUGAGCAUAUUCCAAGACUGUUACAUACCGGCGGCCAGAAACGAAUGGAUAUCAGAGGUUUUCAUAGGAGCGCACAAGGAAAACUUUUAA